GAAAGCAAGUUAGUGUGCUCGUUAGUCCUGGCCCGAGUGCUCCCUCUCCCUCAGAGACCAGAGUCAGAGACAAGCGCCGCGCUACCAAAGAUUUGGCUUGGCUGGCUGUUAAACUAACUUUUGAAAUUAUAAUACUUAAGAACAGCAUGAAUCUGUAUACUCUUGUCCGUACCUGUCCGCCUCAUCUACCCCAUCUUCACUCAACUUCUUCCACCAGGGAUAAUGCAACUGAAAAUUUUGCUGUUGAGGGUCGUAAUAUUAACUUCUCGGUUAAUACGAGGCAGGGCAAAAUGGUCCCAAUUCUCAAGGAUUGUUCAAUUCGGAUUCCUUCGGGACAGUUGUGGAUGCUUCUUGGUCCUAAUGGUUGUGGGAAAUCUACCCUUUUAAAGAUCUUGGCAGGUCUUUUGACCCCAUCAAAUGGAACUUUAUUCGUUAGCAGGCCAAAGAGUUAUGUAUUCCAAAAUCCAGACCAUCAGGUCGUGAUGCCUACAGUUGAAGCUGAUGUGGCAUUUGGCCUUGGGAGGUUAAACUUAACAAAUGCUGAAGUCAGAUCCAGGGUGUCAAAAGCUUUGGAUGCUGUUGCCAUGUCUGAGUACCUACAGAGGCCAGUUCAAACUCUUAGUGGUGGUCAGAAACAAAGGGUUGCCAUUGCUGGUGCUUUAGCGGAAGCAUGUAAAGUUUUGCUGCUGGAUGAGCUUACAACUUUUUUGGAUGAAAGUGAUCAGAUUGGGGUGAUAAAAGCUGUUCAGAAUCUGUUGGAUAUAUCUGGAGAAGUCACAGCAUUGUGGGUCACCCAUCGUUUGGAAGAACUUGAGUAUGCAGAUGGUGCAGUAUACAUGGAAGAUGGGAGAGUGAUUAUGCAUGGUGAUGCAGCAAGCAUAAGUAAAUUCAUCAAGGCCAAGCAAUCGUCGUAUAUUAAUAGUCUAAAUUCCUGAAUAUAUUAGACUUUUUUUAUUCUCUUUUGUAUAAUAAGUUGACAAUGUUCGCCAUAUGUUCUUCUGGUAAAGCAAAUCUUUUGACCUAUUUCCCAUAUCUUCUAAGUUUGUGAAGGAAUAUGGUUUUGGACCUUGAACAUACUCAGCCUUAGUUUUACAAAAUGUAAGAUUUCCUCAUAGAGGACAAAAGUAUAAGAUAUACAUAGGCAUUACUUCAGCAGUUAAGCGUGGAAAAUGCCUAGACGAAACACGACGUCUAAACUCUAGAUUUGAUUUUAAGUGCUCAAAUGCAUACUCAGUUUCAAUUUGGCAAAGAUUGAUUAAUAUUUGAUUUUAACUUUGUCUCAAGCGUGCAGAAUGUAGUCGUUUUCCUUUGUGCACUUUGUUUUGACAAUGCAUCCCAUCACCCAAGUGUUGUAGUAAAUGGGAGUGUAUCUAAAUGUAAUGAUUUUCCACUCACUCACUCACUCACAAUGGCAUUCCCCAAACUUCCCAAAUGCUUAUAUGCCUAGCUUUAGUCAUCUGAAUAAAAGACCUGAGUUCUGAUAUUUUAGCUGAAGGCUGUAUAUUAGGUUUGGUGAGCAACAACAUUUUUUAUUUUUUGAGGAAUUAGGACUGCCAAUGUGAUAUCACUUUUCAUGCCACUGACCAUUUUGCUUUUUGAUUUCGCCAAUAAACAAACAAAUACUAUAAUGUCAUUAGCCAUUAUUUUAGUAUAAGCAUUUAAUCAGCCAAUGACGACAACAUUAAUGUUGAUUCAUUCAUAUAGGCAAGUGGCUCAGCAAAGCAUUUAAUUCCGGAGGGAGAAGCAUAGCAUAAGGGAUGCAUGAUCCAACUUUUUUCUUUUUUUAAGCAAUCCAACUAAAUUUGUAGUAUAUAAUAUAUCCCCAAUUUCCAUAAAGAAGUGCAGAUUUCGGUUAAUCAUUGAACAGAAACGUAAUAAUAAUAAGCAUGGAAUAAAAGGAGUAGCACAUUUCCUGAAAGAGUGAGAUUGACAAACACCAGUUCUUGGGGACUUCUUUCUAAACGCUAAACAGGAAUGAAGCAGUGCAAAUUUGAUGAUACUACCUUUUUUUUUUAGGACCAAAAAUUUUACUCACCUCAAUUCCCGAGUUGAAUGAUUGCCCAUUUGCCCUGCAAAACAAGGAAUAAAAAAGAGAAAGAAAAUAAAUUAAGUUACAUGC